GAAGUAGAAACACGUAUUUGAAUUUUGCUGGCGAAUUUUAUUUUAUUUAAAUAAUUAGACAACAAUUUUGAACAUAAAAAGUUUCAAAUAUGUUAAUACCUCACCUCAGUGCAGUUAGCAGCUGUUUUCUCUACAAUAUUCUCACACAUAAGCACAUAACUGCAAGUCACUGUCAAGCACAACACAAACAGUCAUGGAUCUCCUGUCACAACUCCAAAAGGAAAUGAACAGUAUGAAGGAGUUUUUCAAUGCACGGAUGGCUACUUUUGAGAACUCCAUUUCCACUCAGGCACCAGCACCUCCGGCAGUCCCGGACGACUUCAACAGCUUCAAAGAUUUUAUAGGAAAAAAGGUCUCGGGCCUGCAGAAUCAAAUGGAUAUAGUCUUGAAGACUUUGGAGGAGAUGGAGACGCGCUCUUGGGCUGGAAUACUAUUGCUACACGGAGUCCCGGAGGCUGAGGGUGAGAUAGUCCCAUCUAAAGUGACAGACAUUUGUCAAAAUAGGCUUCAGCUGAGUGACAUCACAACUAACUCAUUUGUUAGUUGCCACCGACUUGGUAAAAACAAAGCGGCUUCCAAACCUAGGGCAAUAUUAAUGAAGUUUUCCUGCUCCAGAACCCGGGAUGUUGUGUGGGCUGCCAAGAAGCUCCUUAAAGGGUCUGGCUUCACUUUAUCAGAAUUUCUAACAAAUACCCGGCAUGCGGUGUAUCUUGAGGCCAGGGGUAUCUACGGAGUCAAAGGUAGUUGGACCAGCGAUGGCCGUAUUGUUGUAGUAUGCCCAGAUGGUUCACGACAUAAAAUAACAACUAUGGACGAGCUUCGUGCACUGCCCAUGCCCUCUGAUGCCAAUGGGGCCGCCCAAAAGUCCACUGCGAGUGUUGGUGGCGAGGCCAGCGGUGAACCCGUGCUGCCUAGCGCUGCCAAUGCAACUUCCGCAGCAGCAGCACGCAGGGUUCUUCCAAAUCGAGGCACGCGGAAAUGAAGCCUCAACGCUGGUAGCACAGUGAUAUUUGCUGUUCCUCAUUGUUAUAGCUGAUUUGUUCUGUUAUCAAUUUUCACUCUGCCAUGUGAGCACCUUUACUCAGCAUAUACUUGCAAAGUUCAGCUUGUACCGGAUAAUACGUCACAUUUAUUUUAAUUUUCAUUGUAAUAUAUAUUGAAGGUUAGGCGAUAAAUGAUAAAUUUUGUU